AGAUGGUCAACCUGUGGAAGAUAAUCAGAUCACAGGAGGAGAGAUUCUGCCCAACGGAGACGGAACUUACCAGAUGAGGAAGAGUUUGGUGAUCAGUGAAGAAGAGCUACGUGAGGAACAUGAAUACAACUGCACAAUGAAGCACCUCAGUCUGGACAACAAACUGGACUUUACAUUUGAUGUCGCUGAAUCUGACCCAGGAUCAUCUACGCAGUCUGUAGUUAUCAGUGUGCUGGUGUUCAUGUGUGUGGCUGUUCUCAUCAUAACUGCACUCAUCAUAUGGAGGAAGAGACGAGCUGCUGGACGAGACAUCACAGAGUAAAUACUCUCCUACUCCAUCUUCUGCCGCUAAUGAAAAGUGAGUCUAUGUUAAGGUAAAAAUUAAGGUCAAGACAAUACAUGCAAAACCUAAAAUAUCUUAGCAUUUGUUUGGUGGAUGCCAUUUGGGUUAUGUUAUGAUAACAAUGGAAAUUAAGAGUGUUAAGAUGGAAAAUUAAAGAAUGUAAUAGGAACACAAAAAUACUAAAUUUUUGCAGCUGUAUUCCUUGCUGGUACAAGGUAAUCUACUUUUGUCUUUAGAAAUGUCUAAAACUUGAUGGUAGAAUAGCACUGAAUUUUGUAUGUUUGUUAUCACCAAACUCCAUUUGAUAUUUGAUCAUUGGAAAUAUGUUUUGAUUAAAAUCCCAGAAAAUGUAACCUGGAUAUAAUGUAUAUUUCUCAAUGUGCAGGUUUUUAAUUAAGUUUCAAGAAUCACUGCACUACUUUUGAAGGAUCUGAGGAUCCUCAAAUGCAAACUGUGUGUGUUGCUUCAAGAGAGCAACCAUACAUUUGAGUUGUGUUUUAAUUUCUUUCUUUUAUAUUCAUGUAUUCUUCAUUCGUUUAUUAAUUCAUAAUAAUUUAUCAUUUAAUUGUUUUAUGAUUGCAUUUAAUCAUUAUAAUUUUUUAUUAUUAUUU